AUGUUUUUAAAUAAUUCACAAGCGAGUUGUAAUAUUAUUCAACCUAUACCUCGUUUUUAUGCGUUUCGUUUUGGUCGUCGGUUGAAAAUUGAGGAUCAUACCAAUGAUAAUCGUCCUCGAGAGUCGAAAAUAAAUCAGAAUAUUCAACUACCAACGAAACAUUUCAAUGACGACCCCAGCGCAAAUAUUAUUAUCACUGGUAUUCGAAAUCGUGAUUGGAAUCUCGAUGAUCAUGAUCUUCAAGAUUUGAACGAAACGAAAUUAUCUCAAAUUAGAUAUCAAACCAUUCCAUCAAUGAGUAACACAAUUAAAAAUCAUCUUGCAAAUACUCUCAUAAAUAAUCAUCAAAAUCAAUACGAAGAGUACGAUCUCGAUGAGCAAGAUUUCCAAUGGCUCAUAACGUACAAUCAAUUUCGGAUUGAGAAACAGUUACCUGAAAUUGAUGAGAAUAUAUUUGAAUAUAUCAUGCAAUUGCUCGAGCAACAAUGUUUAAAAGCUAUUCGACAGAAGAGUUACGAAGAUACCAUUCAGUGUGAUGCUUGUCGUCGUAUCGAUGAUGUUGAUGAUUUGAUUCAAUGCGUACAAUGUAAAUCUAUUGUUCACAAAAAAUGCUAUGGGAUUGCUGAACAUGAAGAUCAAUGGUUGUGUAUUUCAUGUCAAUGUGAUAAUAGUCAGCAUGUUUGUUGUAUAUGUGGGGAAAAUGAUGGAAUAUUCAAGAUUUUGAAAUGUUCAUCGUUAAAUCAACAAUGGGUACAUCUUUCAUGUUCAUUUUGGUUCCCAAGUAUUGAGUUCGAUGAAAAAAUGUCACCAAGUUCAAAGGAUAUUCUCCAAGAUGAAGGCACGUGUUCGAUCUGUGAUAAAGCAAAUGGUAUCAAAAUACAAUGUUGUUGGAAGAAUUGUACGACUCGAUUUCAUACACGAUGUGCAUUCGACGUGGAACAAGAUAUGUUCAUUGCUGAAAGUGAAGACAAUCUUUCUAUUCGAUUAUUGGCACUUUGUUGUCGACAUUCGGAGAAACUUGAUUUAGUAGAAAAACGAAUGCGAAUGAACAAAUCUCUUGAAAUUAAACAGAAAAGAUUCGAGCAGUUCGAGUCCUAUGUUGACCUUGAUGCAAUUAAACAGCAAACAUCAAUUCUUCCCGACGUAGUUGAAAGUAUCCACACCUAUUGGGUUCUUAAACGACAGGCUAACAACGGUCAGCCGUUAAUUGACAUCCCGGAUGAAGUUUUCUCUUAUAAUUAUGAUAAGAAAGUAAAUCUGAAAGAUUUUGCUCGACAGUAUCAUUUGGAUCAUUUGAACACGAAUACAAUUGAUGAAAAAUCGAAUAUGUUGCAAUUUCUAGCAACAGAUAUGCCAACGACAUGUUCAUCGAUUAUCAAUGUUUUCGUCAAAUUUGCUCGACGCCCUCGGUUGUAUUUUACGGAUUAUGAACGAAGCCGAUUUUGUUUGUUAGAUGCCGAGAAAAGGAGACGAGAUCCAGUUUUCGUUUGUAAGGCAUAUGAAAAACGAUACAUGACGUAA